GCGGCGGAGGGGUCGAUAUGGGACAUACUCCAUGCAAUAUAUAUCAUAACAGCUAGCGAACGAAGCACAUCGCUGCCGAUUGAUUCAUCUGGCUUGAGUGCAGGGAACUCCUCAUACGAUAGAUCCUUCUUGUCCAAGGCCACCCACCACGAGAACCAUAACAGUCGCCGUCACUCCUACCGUGGACAGAUACGGAGUAUAUAUUAUGUACGGACUAGCGAUGAAACUGAGCAAGGUUGUGACGACCUGCUGCACCACAUUUGCAACCUCCACUACGGCACAAGCUCUUUUAUACAUCACUAGCAACUAUGUAGGCCUUUUUUCGAUAUUAGCACCGAUACCGGCAUAUAAGCCCUCGAUCAUGCAUCCUAAGGCGAGGGUGGUUGGAACCAACCUCAGCCCCAUCCAGCCAUUUUUCGUGCCACCGAAACUCGAACUUGUUAUUGAUGGUGUCGAGUUUCAAUGCAGUUUCAGACCCGACUGUUUCAAUUGUCCCCUUGCUACUACUAAUCUUGCUAGUGCCAUUGCUGACCUGUCCAACCUUCUGAAACAAGCCUAUCUGCACAUGAAGUCCAGCGGCUGGAUUGAACUAUCCAAAUUUACCACCCCGUGAAUAUCACGUCGUAGCCCAAGGUGGCGUUCAAGGACCACGGGCUCGUCAA